AUGAAUCAAUUCUAGGAUGUUUUCAAUGAAUUUUCAUAAUUACACAAUCAGAAAUACAAUUUAAGUGAAAUAUUAUCAUUUUUGGAUUCAAAAUGUGCUAAUAAUUAUUUUGAUAGAGAUGUUUAUUAAUAAUUGAUUGACUAAAUCCCAUAAGCAUAAAUAUAAUAAUAAUGCACAAUUAAUUAGUUAAUUAAUGUAUUUAAAAAGGCAUAGGAUGUAUUAAAUGAUAAAAUAAGUAAAUGUUAAGAAAUAAUAGAUUAAAAAAAUAUGUAUAUUUAUAUUUGAAUUAUCAUUAGUGAAAUUAGAGCCUAUAAUGAUAAAAUUAGAUAAUCAUAAACAAAUAGUAUUAAUUCAUCAAGCAAAUUGAAUGUAGAAAUUCUUGAUGCUGAGAUUUUGUAUUAAGGAAAUGGAUAAUUAUAAGUAAGUUUAGAAUGUAUGUCAUCUGUUGUUUAUACAUGUAAAUUGUUAUUUGAUUAUAGAGUUAACAAAAAGACAAAAACCAGUUUGGAAUGAAACCUUUGAUUUGUAUUUACUUAACUUUAUGAUUUAGUAAUGUCAAUGAGUAAACAGUAAUGAAAUUUAUUUUGCUGGAUACAGAAUUGUAAUAAAAAAGAGGAAAUGGUGGAGUUGCUUAUAUAGAUAUAAAUACUUUUGGAGAUUAAAUGCUUCAUGAUUUUACUGUAAAUUUAACAGAUGAAACUAAUUAAAUUGUAAGAGCUAAAUUACAUCUUAAAAUAUAAUGGAUAUAUUCAAAAGUAUUUAUAACAAUGAUAUGUAGAAUAAAUAUUUAUAAGACUUAAUUAAUGAAAAUAUGAUAUAAAUUAAUUAAUUAGAAUAAGAAAUUAAUGAUCACAUAGUUGAUUUGGAUAUUAUUAAUUCUCCAUUCAAAUAAACAAUCAAAUUUUAAAAUAAUUUAACUAUAUCAACUUAUCAAACAUAACCAAAUUAAUAAUAAUAAUAAUAAUAAAGUCCAUUGUUGAUUAGUGAGAAUUAAAUAGAUAGAUUAGUUUAGAUUUCACUUUUAUUAAUUAUUCUUUAUUUAGUUUUUGGAUUAUUAAAUAGUAUGUAUAGAACAUUAAAUUUUGAUGUAUAAAAAGUGUGAUAUUUUAUAUAGUUCUUAGUACUAUUCUAUUGCUUUUUGUUUUAUCAGAAAAAUUAUAAGCUUUAAUCAUUACUUCACAUUAAGAUAAUUAUGGUUAUGUUAGGUGUUGCUUUAUUGAUGGAUAUAAUUUGGCUUGCAAUUUAUAGUACUGUAAAUAUUAGAUUAAAUUGAUAGCCAUAUUUGGGAGAGUUUAAUGCAAAUUAUGAUCAUUUAGAAUAUGGAUUAUAGAAAUAUCAAAUAAUAUUGAGUUGGUUAUUAUUAUUUGUUAAAGUAAAUAUAUAUUUAUUAUAUAGAUUAUUGUAUUAAUAUUUUAUGUUCAUAUAUAUGCUACAUAUCCAGAUAAAUCUACUUAAGUUUAUGAUUAAUAAUGGAAUGCUAUAUUUGGAUGGAAGGAUAUAAAAUAAAUCAAUGUAUAUAGAAAUUACAAUUGA